AGAUCGGAACGCCUGUUUCUCUCCCAACACGCGCAGGGUUGUCCAGCGACGAAACAAAAGACAUCCUUCGCUCGUUUGGACGAAUGCAAACUCGUUGGAUGGUUCGACAAAGUCGAGCACCACGCCCCAUUCUAACUGAACCAGCAUCAAGCAAAAACAUUUGCCGCAAUUAUCGCCGAUUUAGAGUAUUGUUUCAACGGGACUUGUUUAAGAACUUGCUAAUCGCCUGACCUAAUACAGUAGAAGGAUGUAUCUCGGCUAACUGACCCGAACUUGGUGUUUCCUUUGCCUAGAUACCUGCCACGGUCGCGUUCUGUCAGCAGCAUCAAAAAUUCCAUCCUUCUCAAAGAAACUUUCCGUCGAUUUACCGGUCGCGCCUUUCGCGGUUAAAUACUCAUUACGGUAGAAAACAGCUAAACGCUCAAAUUGACUGAAACAACGACGAUAUCGCUUGGACGACUGCUUUUGCCUGGAUCAGCGAUGUUCAAUCUUUUUCGCUAAAAUUCUGCCACACCCGCGAGAAAUAUAUUUGCUCGGAGACGGAGCAUUUACAGCGGACGACUACUCUUGUAUCUGACGAUCUUCUUCUUUCGACGAAGAUUUAAGAGGAGCAGCUCUUUGAUACGUCGCCUAGCCUAUAGCAGUUAGAUAGAUUCUUCAGGUUUUGUCUCAAAAGUGACAUUAUAAAAGGAAUUAUGUAAAGAGACUUUAAGUAAUAUUAUAGAAUUAUGUAACAACGUUUGUGUAUUUUUCUUUGCUUAUCAUACUCUUAUAACCAACAUUGCUUGUAACGUUUAUAUGUUACGUCGAUUAAGAAGGAAAUAAUUGUUCAAGAAAUCAGUUCAAACUAUCUGUUAACGCUUACGCCCGACUUUCUACUUUGUAAAUGUUUGCUUUGUCGAACUUUUGUUUACUUAUAAUUAUAACGCUUGUAAUUGGGUAUACAGGGUGUUCCGCGUAACGCGACUCACCGUUCUUCUGCCAUUCGCAGGUAUACAAAACAAGAUGUUUUACAGAUAAAUGUUUAUAGAUUACCGUACGCUUUAUUCUAACGUCGUUCAAAUCUUUUGCAGAAGUCUGAACGAGCUGUUAGAACUGGCUGGAUGUUACAACUCUACACGCUGUAGUAAUUUUCUUUAUCCGAAAUGUGAAUAAUUCUGGAGUGUAACUACGAGUGAAAUAUUUGCAUCGAGUUAAUAAAAGUAUCACGUGAUAUGCUUUUUGAAUCUGUCGUAAAGUCUUCUCGAACCUCGUGAAAAAAGGACGUGUGGUCCUAUUUAUGUUAGCCAUGACGACCUCUGUUUCACUACGAAGACAAAGUAUUUUUGGAAUAUCCUUUCUGUACGCUCGACGCCCUUAAAAUAUAGUUGGAAAUCUCUGUUCUUACAUCGAAAAGUUGCAGAAAAAUAGCGAAUCGAGUUACGCGGUACACCCUGUAUAUUGAACUCUAUUUUACAUCUAUGCGUAAAUGUAUCGAAAUCGGAAGAACCCGUUAAAUUCAUAUUUUUCUAGAUCAAAAGCACCAGUUUGAUCACUUAAUUAUAUGUCACGCGAAAAAAUUACUGCUUCAUCAUUACUGCACACAAAUAUUUCUUAUGUAUUUUAAAUAUUUGACUGCAUCGAUUAAUAUACCUACUCCACUUUACAAUUGAUCUCUUCUAUACAUACACAUCCAUACAUUUUUAUUUAUAAAUUUACGUGCCUUGGUUUCUAUACAAUUUCCAUGAAAUUAAUUUGACAUUUGAGAAAGAUAUUUAUUAUAUAACAAUAUUUAUUUCUCUUAGAAAACUACAUCGUUGCUGUAAUACAAAAAGAAAAGAAGAAGAAGAACAACUGGAGCAUCGAUUUACAAGACAAUUCACUGAUUAAUAAAAAAAAUAUAACGAGCUGAUAUACAAGUCAAUAUAUCUGAGAAGUUAAACCGAUCAACUGGCUCCGCUUUUUACCAAUUUCUCAGUUUCAUUGCGUAAGUUGAACAGCUAUACCUAACUUUAAAAAAAAAAACAGGCUACUUACGUUCCAUAGCUUCGUGGCAAAGAAAAUGACAUAAACGAUAGUAAAUUGCGCAAGGUAAUCUUAAAAAAAUAGUAUUUGCAACCUCGUCGCGUGUCUACGCUUAGAAUAAUAGAAACUUUAUUAGGUCCAAAUUUAACCGAUCACCGUUUAAACACCAGAACAAGAAAAUCGACGUGCAAAUAGAUCUUUCACUGCGCGCCAGAUCCAACCAAAACGAAGCUCAACCGACUUAAUCGCACUAAAUCGUAACAGCCCCGAUGGAAAAGUCGAACGGUCUGAUUAAAAAAUCAAAUACGAUAAUACGAUCGUCCGAAAUGAUCAAUCAUCUAUAACCGAAUUUACGUCUGAAAUGCUCCUAGACGACGCGACGACGUACGCAAGAGUUGUAACAAUUAGGGCUUUUAGCGCUGCACGUUGGAUUUGCUUAACGUUCCUGGUGAUACAGUUACCGGUAACCCAACAGAGUAUGUUUGAACUGGACCCACGAAUCGUUCAGUCGUUCCUUGGAGUUUAUCAACGACGGUUCCUCGGCCGAGGUUCUCGUCGUGUGACACUCGCCUCUGAAACCACGGGGCAAACAUCUGAAAACGUGUACGCACGUUCCAUGUGUUUGGAGAUCGAUGAACUCGCGACCAUCGUCCACGGGGAAUGAACGUUCGUAUCGAGGAAUCGGCCAGUGGUGAGUCAUUGUCGUUUCCAUGAAUCGACAAAGAUAGAGUGAAGGAGAAGUGUAUAUAGAGACACGUGUUGACGGAUGAGAGGAACAGGACGUGUCAUUCUUCGAGCAACGAGGGUCCCUUGAAGAAUUUGCUGCCAUCGAACAGUACAAUUAUGGGUAGAUAUCGUUGGAUAUAGUAGAUGCACAGAUUCCAUGUAAAUCGCUAAAGUGUCCAGGAUCAAUGUAGGAAUUUUCAGUAAUAAUUGAUCGCUGUUCAAUCGCAAAACGGUCACGGCGUGAAGCAUAAUGAUAUAACGUAUUUUAAUGUGAACUGUGGCUGUAGAAAUUCUACGAGCAAGUGCGAAAAUUAACGUGUAGCAAUAAUCUGAUAAUAAUCUAUGGCUGUUGAGAAACGUGAAACGGCACCGAUGAGAGUCAUUAUAGUACAGCGGUCUGUGAUAUUUAACGCGUAGAUGUACAGAUUUCACGCAGAGUGCGAUAAUCAACCUAGAAAUCUGUAGUAACCCUUUUAUCGCUGUUCUAAACAGUUGAAACAGUAACGGCGUGAUAUAUCGUACGGUAGUUUGUUAAACGUACGAACCGUAGAUGUACAGAUUCUAUGUAAAUGAUGCAAGUGCGAUGAAGAUGGUAACCUUGUUGCUGUUCUAAGAAAAAUCUUGUUGUAUAUUUCAGACAGAGUACAAACAAAUUUAGUCUAUCACUGUCUUCUGCUUCUUGUUUGCGUUUCCCAUGCCUCAAUGAGUGAAUCGACUUUAGACGAAAUCGAAACACUUCCGGAGAUCAAGAAAUACGAAGACGCUUCAACGCUCGGCACUGCUGUACAGGCAUACAGACAUCCAAGGAUGUAUCGGCGCGGUUACCACGAGGACCACGGGUCCAUGUAUAAGGAUGACCACGAUGAUCAUCACGACGAUCAUAUGAAAGACGAGGAACAGGCUAUGAAAGCCAUGGGGAAUGCAAAAUCUGAUUAUUGGGGCGGUUACUAUGAUUUUCUGAUAAACGAGGGUAGUUAUAAAUUCUGGGCCGUGUUUCAACUUGCCACCGCAGCUCUUCUCAUCUAUAGCGGCUUCGCGGCGCUUUAUUACGCCAAGGUAAAUCCGCCAACGAUAGACGACGAGUUCGACGAUAUUUUACGUCGACGGAAGCGUAGGGCGUUGUCCAUCUUCCCGCGAGAUAAAUCAUUCUGCGGUUUGGACAGUGCCACUUUUCAGAGGAUAAUCGACGCGGUUGCCAGAGAAAUUCACUGACGAAGAAGAGCCUACCUUUAUCUAACUUGACUUAUAUAGGAAAUAAUAUAUGUAUAAUAAUUUUGCAAUAAUAUUUUGAAAAGAUUGAAAUCGUGCGAUCGAUGAAAGUGAUUGGAGAAAAGAAAAGGAACUGUUUCAAAUUGGACAUUUCAUGGAAGAUUUGUUAUAUUCGAAACAUUAA